AUGACACCGGUCACGGAAGGUAUCUUCUCGAUUCCCAAUUAUACAACGAUUCUGAAGGUUAAACCAAUCGAAGAUAGGGAAUCGGAAAAGCUUGCUGUGAAGAGAUCAUUGCAGCCGCUUUUAAUCAUAUCACAAUUCCUGAGUAGCGCCCCCUUCCCCAGUAUGGCAUUACAUCCGGUUUCGCAUGAUGAGGGAACCUGUUCAACAUUAGGAGGAAUUCUUCAGAUCGUGUGGGCCAUUGUAUUACUUUCUGGGGCGAUAGUGUCUGCGAUAUACAAACGAAUUUGGCGCUUCGACUCAGUGGACAUGCCCUUUCUGAUCUAUUUGUUGUUUAAUUUAGAGCUGUUUUUAGGGAUUUUCAUUACUUUGAUUGUGUUUGUUGGUUGCCAGUUGAAGCGAACGACUCACGAUGAGAUACUAACACAAUUGGUUGAUAUGAUGGUAAUAUUCAAAAAAGUGGAUCAGGCAAUAGACCUGGAUCUGCUUCGACAACUUGGAAACAAGAUGUUGACGGGUGCUGGUACUUUCUUCGGGAUUAUAAUCGCUGUCGAUGCUGUCUAUCACCAACAUAUCGGGAAAAGUGCGUGCGGUACAGGAGCCUAUUUACUACCACAUGCUGUACAAACAAUUACUUUGUUUCAGUACGGUUACGUUCUGGUAUAUGCUUAUCGACAGUUCAAAACUAUGAACACAUUUCUACUUUCGUUACGGUUUGCUUUGAAGAAUGACCUUAUUAACUACAUUAGACAUUUGGAAACAAUGAGAAAACAACAUAUGGAAUUACACCGGCUAGUGUUCAAAAUGAAUCAACUCUUCGGGAUAUUCCAUAUAGUUUCAAUAAUAUUGGUAUUGACCGCAACAAGUAUUGCUUGUUUGGAAGUAUAUCAGAAGAUCCAAUUCGAAAAUACUGGUUUAUAUUUAGCAUAUUCUGCAUUAUGGGUUGUGCUGCACUGUUCUAAGUUGAUACUGAUUUUAUAUCCAAAUUAUUUGGUGGAAAAUGAAAGAGAUCUAACUGGAAUACUUUUACAUGGAAUACCGCAAUGUGACAAUCAGCAAUAUAACGUUGAAGUAAAGAUGUUUACCCGACAAGUUGUUCACCAGAAGGGAUCGUAUAGUGCCUGUGGAAUUGUGGAUCUGAAUUUGUCCGUACUAGCGAGUAUUUUUGGAGCUAUGACAACGUUUCUGAUAAUUUUAAUAGAGUUUGAUAAGUCCUCUAAAGCACCGAAAUAGGUUAAGAACUGUUUUAUGUUAUAAUGAUCGUAAUAGUGUGGUAUAUUCACUUGUAGCUGAACGUUAUAGGUGUGAAGCUUAUUUGGUUUUGCCUAACGUUUCAACAUAUGAGAU